CCAUCAUCCACCCCCAAUCAUCUACCCCCCAUCAUCCACCCCCAAUCAUCUACCCCCAUCAUCCACCCCCCAAUCAUCUACUCUCAGAUUACAAUUGACUGUCCUGAUCUAACUCAACAAACUGGGUUAUUGAUUUGAGUACAAGACUGAUUCCUUUGUCUGUGUGAAUGCCUGCCUGUCCGUCUGUCUGUGUGAAUGCCUGCCUGCCUGCCUGUCUGUCUCUGAGCAGGGUCCUAAUGCUUCAUAUGAAGCGGUUUACUGCAGGCGACUGGGAGCCAGAGAAGGUGGAUGAUCCCAUGUCCAUCCCUGCAGAACUGACCCUCUCAGCCUUAUGUGGGGAGACAGCCCCUGUCCAGCAUGGAGCCAGGGCAAGCUCACUGGGAAACAACAACGUGGACAACAUACCUGCAAACUCCGCAGAAGGCACCCUUGAUAGACCAGCUUCAAACUCCUCUGACCAGCUAGAGAAACCAGCUGACAGUGAGAAAGGGCAGCAGACAGCCACUGUGAGACACCAGCCAGACAAUAUCUACAAAUUGUCAAGUGUGAUCUCACAUCUGGGAGACAACAUGUAUACAGGCCACUACAUCAGUGAUGUUUUUGACAACCGUGGGAGUGGGUGGCUCUGCCUGGAUGACUCACGUGUCUUGAGGACAGAUGAGGCCACUGUGCUGAGGGCGAGGGCACAGACUGCCUACAUCCUGUUCUAUAUCUGCAGUGGAGCAGGUGAAGGAGACCAGGCCCCUCAGGACCAGGAGCAGCACCAGGAAAACUCAGGGAGAGGCACAGAGCUCAGGGACCACCUGGAGUAAUACCUACCACAACACCA